AUGAACGCCGCCGAUAAACAAAACAAUGGCCAUCUCGCCAAACCUCUCACCCCCGCCCUCAGCGCUGCCUUUCAUCGCUCUCAAAAAUCCCCUCUGACUCCUCGACUCGCCACUCCGGGGGGUUAUCGAACUCCCAAGCGACUAACUCCCUCCGAACAUCCCUCGUCCGUCCCCUCCAAGCGGGAUCCCGAGCCACCUUCAUCCCUGCUCAGUGCCAAUGUUACCCCUCGAUCCGGUUCCCGCAACAGCAGACGUGAUGGUGCUAUUUCCUCCCCAAACAACACCCCGACCAACGGGCACCAGCAACAGCAACAGUCGCCCCAAGUUUCCUGGUCACAACCGCAUGUGGGCCAGCUGUCAAAUACGGGGCGACUCCGGACGGAGCGGAGUCCCGUUCGGGGGGGAAUGCUGGAACCAUCGCGGACAACCCGGGCUAGGACCGUGACGAUGGAGUCUAACCAGCUUUCUCGUCCGAAUUCUGCGUCGGAUAAUUCAGCCGGAGCCCCCAUGUUUUUUCAUGCGUCUGAUGCACGAUCGACUAUUUCCGAGCAGGAGCCCCGCCCGAAGCUGCAGACCAAAACGUCCGGCACCACUUUUAUCUACGCGAACGGGGCGCAAGAGAGGCAGUCCCCGGUGAGUGAGGUGGGCGGGACGUAUAAACGUCGGUCGAUUGGCUUGACGCGAUCGGUGGUGUCGGCGAAACCGUCUGCCUCGCCGCGACUGCGACCGGCCAGGGUGGACUCGAAUCCGCGGCUGUCUGAUGGGCCGUCGGUAGUCGGGUCGCAGGAUGAGUCGUUUGACGCAGGGUCACAGGCCCAUAGUCCCCCGCUGAGCAGUAUAUCAGCGCGACCGAUCCCGGCUGUACGACACGUUAAGUCGUCGAGUCUCGACUCUGCCAAUAGUGGACUCUCCCCUCCCCAGAGGGAAGGGCUGCGGCCUAGCCCGCUUAUCAUAUCACCAUCAGAACCAAAGAUUGACGCCAGUACUAUAGCGUCUGAACCACUGCCUGGCCUCCGGCCGCGAGUGUUCAGCAACGGGUCCAUUGCUUCAGUGGAUACGCAUAACUCGGGGAUGCAGAGCCCGUCCAAGUCGGAAAGCGGACAGGCCAACGGCGCCCUCAAUGCGCGUACGGAGCGGAAGAUUAUGGAUCUCGAAAUCAGCAACUCGUCGCUUCUCGCCAUUAACCGCACGCUAGAACGGGAAAUGCGGAAGCAGAAUGCAGAGCUGCGCAGAUACCGACGCCUCAGUCGCUCGGGGCGUCUGUCCAUGGCGACAUCCAGCCGGUCCGUGUCCGGUGCUCUCUCGAUUCCUCCUGAAGUUGAGGAAGCGAGCGAGCAUUCGUCUGUGCGGUCGCCAGAAGAACUCUCCGACUUUAGCGACGAAGACUCCAUGGAAGACGGUGUGCUGAGUCCCGACUCGCAGGCAGAUCAGGACUCCCAGCAUCGUGCGCGGGACGAGAAACGGUUCCUCAUCGAUCUGGCGAAGCACCAGGAGCUCCUUGCCGACAGCCAGCGGCUGAACCAGAGCCUCAAGCGGUGUCUGGGAUGGACGGAAGAGCUGAUCCGAGAGGGACAGCGCGCACUGGAAUAUAAUGUGCAUGUGAACGACGUGCAGCUGGGCGGACGCGUGCUGACCCCGGAGGAGCUGAAUGAGCUGAACGAGCUCAACGAGCUCAACGAGCUGCACGAGCAGCAAGAGCUGGAGCUAUCUCGUCCAUCGAGUCGGAGCGACUCCGAGCCACCUUCCGAGGAUGGCUGA